AUGUCUGUCCCCCUAGAAGCAGUAGCCUGGCCAGGCAAGGACGACCUGUGGGCCUCUGGGGGCCUGCCCACCAGUGUUGCUACUCCAGACACGGAACCCAAGGAGGUGCUGGACCUGAACCGACUGCCUAACGAGCUGCUCCAGGAGGUGCUGAGCUACCUGCCCCCAAGCACGCUGCUCCGGCACUGCCGCCCAGUGUGCCGGCGCUGGCGAGACGUGGUGGACGGCUGGGACCUGUGGCGGAGCAUCCUGCCCUGGAAACACCCAGACCUGUGGCCCGUCAUCCGCACCUGCCUGCCCCCUGCUGACGCCCCCGGGCCCUGCAUCCUGGGCCGCUUCUGCGAGCGCAGACCCAUAGGUCGGAACCUCCUCCGGAACUCUCAGAGCUCUCAUGGCCUAGGAUUCUUGAACCAGACGGUGCCGAGCGCAGGGGCUGCCCGGGGUGCAGAGGAAAACGCGAGGGUGGGCCCGCUGAUGGCCUAUAAACAGAGACGGCUCCUCUCUUCCUACAGGUGGUGUCAACAGAAGCAGGUUUUGGACCUGGAGAAGGAAGGUCUGUGGCAGGAACUCCUGGAUAGUGGAAACAUUGAGAUCCGUGUCUCCAACUGGUGGUUCGAUGACCGAGACGCUGACUGUUUAUACCGGCUAAUUGUCCAACUUUUAGAUGCCAACCAGGCCGUCCUGCAUCACUUCUCUCCUUUGCCUUUUCCCAGCAAUCAGUUGGGCAAUGAUUUCUUCUUUGAGGUCAACCACGUGUUCUCCAACCUCAAGAAAGGUGUCCGCUUUGCGUCUUUUGAACACUGGGUCCGGGACUUUGAGUUCUCACGUGAGCAGCAUGGAAACUAUCCAUUACACUCAAGCAUGACCGUGCAGGUCCGUCAGGCACUACCCGAUCAUGCCUUUCAGGCUCUGGGACCCCCAGCUGAGCCGUCUCAGUAUUAG